AGUCGUCAUGGACAAAGUGACCCUUAGUACGUCGGCCGAGCUGGUGGCCCGAUUCACGUCCUACGAUUACGCCGUGUUCGUUUGCGCUCUACUGGGCUCGGGCGGAAUCGGUCUGUACCAGGCUUUCGCCGGUGGCUCUGGGGGCAGCCAGUCUCUGCAGGACAUGUUGACCGGCGGCAGGAACCUGCCAACUGUUCCCGUUGGCACGUCGCUGAUGGCGAGCUUCAUAUCUGCGGCCUAUCUUCUCGGCAACGCAUCCGAGAUCUACAACGGCGGCACCAUGUAUUUCCUGGUGUUCAUUUCGUACUUUCUCGUGAUUCCGGUCACGGCGCACCUGUACAUGCCCGUCUUCUACAACCUCAAAGUGUGCACCGCCUACGAGUACCUGGAACUGAGGUUCAACCGAGCAAUACGGUUCAUCGCUGUGGCGAUGUUCACUGUACAAAUGGCUCUCUAUUUGAGCGUCUCCCUCUACGCUCCAGCACUGGCGCUAUCGAAAGUGAUGGGAUUGCCAUUGUGGGCAGCAGUAGCGCUACUUGGAAUUAUCUGCACUGUAUAUACUAGCAUUGGCGGCAUCAAAGCAGUGGUCUACACGGAUACCUUCCAGUGCGUCGUCAUGUUCAUCGCCUUAAUUGUGGUGGUUAGUAUGGGCUUCAAGGAAGUUGGCGGAUUCGAGAACGCCUGGAACAUCGCCAAACAGGGAGGACGCGUCCAGUUCAACAGUGCGAGCUACAAGCUGAACGUCCGGCACACCAUCUGGGGUGUCACAAUCGGCGCUUGGUUCGCCAACUCUGCCAGCUACAACACGAACCAGAUGAUGGUGCUGCGCUACCUGACAGUGAAAACUCUCACCAGGGCAAAAAUAGUGGUGUGGCUGAACCUGCCGUAUUUGUGCCUAAUCCUGCUGUUGAGCUGCCUCUGCGGUCUGAUGAUGUACGCUCGCUACGCCACAUGUGACCCUCUGUUGACGAAAAGGAUCGACACACCCGACCAGUUGCUGCCAUACUUUGUGAUGGACGUACUCGCUGAUACUACAGGAGUGGGUGGCGUGUUCGUCACGGGAAUCUUCAUGGCGUCACUUAGUUCUGUGUCUUCUGGAAUAAACGCACUGGCAACUGUUUUCUACGUGGAUAUUAUCGCCGUCCUCAGGCCAGGCAUCAAAGAGUCGACGGGUGCCCAUAUUAUGGUCGCCCUGGGUGUGUUCUUCGGGAUACUAUCUAUUGCAUUAGUUGCGGUGGCCCAGCAGUUGGGAGACGUUCUGGCGGCACAAUCAGCAAUCAACAGCGGACUUGGAGGGCCACUGCUCGGCCUCUUCUCCAUGGGAAUGUUCAUCCCCCAUGUCUCAUCAAAGGUACGAUCACACGAGUCAUUAGGGCUAUUUCUUUUACGUACAGUUCAUGCAGACUCUUGCAGACGAGUGUAG